AAGAGUGCAUACAACAUACGCGUCUCUUAUAAAAACAUCUUUUUCAAUACAUAAAUACCAUUCUCGAAAAAAAACAUUUUGCGAAGGAAUAUUCCUUGAUAAAUAGUACUAGCUAUGUUUUGAAUUUCAUUUAUUGCAUUCUAACGAUUUGGUAUAAAUACUACAUCGAUAAUGCUGUUAUUAAUAUUUUUGAUUGGAUUUGGAUAUGGAUCAUUGAUUCCUGAAAAUACAGAAACGGCUGUUGAUAUGCCACUUAUCAGUAACGACGAUGUUCCACUGGUUGCUAAAUUAGAUACAAAAAAUCUAAAUAAGGCAAUCAAGACAUAUAUUGAUAAAACUGUGGGUAAGGCUGUGAUAGACAAAAUCCCCGAAUUGAAAUUGGAUAAAUUUUCUUCAGUUAUUCAAGACAAAGAUCCGAGAGAUUGUGAAGAUGUCAAAGAGUCAACAAAUGGUAUAUACCAAGUUAAUCCAUCAGGCAUCCAUGGUUUUGAUGCAUACUGUGACAUGAAUACUGCAGGAGGGGGUUGGUUGGUUUUCCAGAGGAGGCAAGACGGAAGUAUUGAUUUCUUUAGAAACUGGACGGACUACAAAAAUGGGUUCGGUGAUCUAACAGGAGAGUUCUGGUUAGGGAAUGAUAAAAUCCAUGAAAUCACCACACACGAUGAAUAUGAACUCUACAUACACAUGGAGGAUCUUGACGGUGAUCAGAGAUAUGCAAGGUACCAGACAUUUUUUGUAGGAGACAUACAGUCAAAAUUCACCUUACAAGUUGGAGACUAUCUUGGAGACGGAGGUGAUUCGUUCGCCACAUCCAAUCACAACAGUCAGCCCUUUUCAACUCUAGAUAGAGACAGUUCGAGUGCUUGUCCAAAGAUAUACAAAGGUGGAUGGUGGUAUAAAAACUGUCAUAACUCUAAUCUCAAUGGUCUGUAUCUAAAUGGUACACACAAGACACGUGGCAUUGGUAUCGAGUGGUAUACCUGGAAGGGUCACAAUUAUUCUCUCAAAAAGACACAGAUGAUGAUUAGACGUCGUCGUUAACAUGAUGAUAUAUGCCAUAACUGAUCAUGAAGCCACUGAUUGCAAUAAACUUAUAAACAAAUGCUGAUUAUUGUGAAGUGGCGUAUAAAAGUACAGAAAGACCCGUUGAUUUUAAUUAUGUAUUAAAAAAUAUAUAACCAG